AUGGCAGGUUUCGAAACAUUAGACAACUUCACUUUCACCGCCUGCGAAGUCGUCAGCCGAAAUGUCACGCUGGGAAACGCGACAGCGACAGUUUCUAGCUUCAGUCCCGUCCUGUGUGGUCUGUGCGGACUGUACCCGGCAUGGCGACAUGUCGUCGUCUUUCUACUCGUCUGUUUCCUCCUGAUGGCCAUAGCGGGAAACGGCUGUCUGGUGGCGACUAUAGCGACCAGGGAGACCAUGCAGGAGCCGGGUAACUUCUUCCUGGCGGCCUUGGCUCUUACAGACGUCUCGAGUUGUCUCUUGUUUGUCCCAUCGAGUAUCCACAACACCACACACGCGACCUUUCUCAGCGGAGCCGCUUGCAAGACCCAGGCUUUCUUCGUCCUUGUUGUCGGUUCCCUGGCCCACUCUUUCCUGCUGUGUCUCUGGGUUUGCCGCUACAUACAGAUCGUCUGUCCCAUGACUUUCGAAGAGAAGUUGUCGCGGCCGAGGAUAGCGUUGUCCAUGGUGAUGUGCGUUCUUGUCUCCGUGUUGCCGCCGCUUGUAGGAGUUAUACGGAACGGUUCCGUGCGUGUAUCCACGUAUCAUGGUGCAGACGGCAUGCAGGCGGCCCCAACAGGCAUCUACCCGUGUAUACCAGAUCUUAUGGAGGCUUCUGUGUCUAGUGUCGUCUGUCUGACCAUGAUGAUCAUCAGUACCAUCUUUGCCAUCCUCAUCUACCGAGAGGCCCAACGACAUCAGGAAAACAUCAGGAACCUUACUCCUAACCCUAACCCUGACGCUGUCCCGGUAGAGGCUUUAGAAACUAAGCUCAAAGCCACAAAAACACUCGGAAUCGUCCUUUUGGUCUACUGGAUCACGUGGCUGCCGCCGAUUUUCAUGUUCUUUCUCUCGAACGUUGUGACGAUGUCUACGUUCACUGUGGCACAGGACGUCCUGCACAUUGUACUUUUGACUAACACGUUCUCGGACUCGCUUCUUUACGCGUUCAGAUACGAGAUGUACAGAGAAGCUUUAGUUCAAAUGUUCCGGCAUUACAAAUACGCUAUCACAGAGACAAUUAUUGACUAUAUGGAAAUCAUUCUGGAGUAAUU